CAUACCGUUAGGGCUCAGUAGUGAGACGUGCCUCUCCUACUCAGCUGACGUUUGACAGGGCCCGCACUGUACACACGCCUCCACUGUGUUCCACUCCAGCAUUAUUUCGCUUCCCCUAUCUAGAACUUUCCAGCUAGCUAGCCACUGCUCUCUCCCUCUGACAACACUUCUACCCUCAUGGCAACCGAACGCAGUUUCUCUGAUAGCUUCAUAGACGAGGACCCUCAGAAAGCUCUUGAGGAACUGAAUGAAGCCUUGGAAGGACACUCUGACAAUGCAGAAUGGUUCUGCCAACGAGCCUACGCCCACCUCCAACUGAAAAACUACAGCUGUGCUGUCAACGAUGCCAAGAAAGCCCAGCAUCUCAACCCCAGCCUUCUUCUUUCCUUCAUGAGAAUGGGAAUGGCAGAGUACCACCUGAACCACUUUGAGUCAUCACAUGCUGCCUUCACUAAGGGACACAGCCUGGAUGGUUCAGAUGACACUUUCCAAACGUGGCUCAAACGCUGUGAGGAGAUGAUGGGGACGGCGAAUCAGAAUGGAAAUGAGAACAAUCAGACACUGACACCACACAUCAAACACGACUGGUACCAGACAGAGUCCCAGGUCAUCGUCACCAUCAUGGUGAAAAACGCUCCUAAGGACGGUGUCAAUGUCAAUUUUAACAACAGACAGUUGUCGGCUGUGGUGAAGCUUCCUUCGGGGGAGGACUUCAGCUUGAACAUGAACCUGCUGCAUCCCAUCGUCCCCCAACACAGCACCUUCAAGGUCCUCUCCACCAAGGUGGAGGUCAAGAUGCAGAAGACAGAGGGGAUCAGGUGGGAGAAGCUGGAGGGAGAGGGACAGGAGCCCAUCAUCAAACACUUCAUCCCCAACCAGUACCCGUCGUCGUCUGCCUCCAGCCGUAACUGGGACAAGGUGGUGGGGGACAUCAGUGAGGAGGAGAAGAAGGAGAAGCUGGAGGGAGAUGCAGCGCUCAACAAACUCUUUCAACAAAUCUACUGUGAUGGCACUGACGAGGUCAAACGGGCCAUGAACAAAUCCUUUAUGGAGUCGGGUGGUACAGUCCUGAGCACCAACUGGACAGACGUCGGGAAGAGAACGGUAGAGAUGAGCCCUCCUGACGACGUGGAGUUUAAGAAGUACUGAAGAACACUCUCCUACACUCCUGCUCUCUGCCUCAAAUGGACCGCCCAUAUCUCCUCUCCCCCAACCUUCCCCUCCUCCUUCUCCUCCUCCUCCCAGGCCCUGUCUGUUAAUAUUACUUUCUCCCGCCCAACUCUCUCCUUCUCUUUGCCACCGAUGGACAUGUCCACUUUAUUCCCCCGAACCCACCUCUCACUCCUCCUCCAUCUCGCUCCUCCUCCAUCUCGCUCCUCCUCCAUCUCGCUCCUCCUCCACCUCCCCCC